UACCGUACAAAUUGCGCAUUCUCCUCCCGCCAUAUAUUCACGCUUGCAACUUCGCACACUACGUUCUCCCCGACGAACGAUCAACGAAGAAGAAGAAGAUAAUUUUGUUCCGUUUCUUGUCUUUGCUGAGAAAUUUUGUUUGAAAAAGCAUUGGGGAAGUGGAUAUCUUCGAGUACUGGAUUACAAAAGAAUGCUUCGUGCCUGUGCGAGAAGUCGAUGUUCUCAACGGCUCAUUUAUCUUCGUCGUUUCUCCUCGUCGUCCCCGUCUUCUUCCUCAUCUUCUACUGCGCAAAAAUCAAUUGAGGUCUCUAAUAAUCUCCAGAAUUCGCAUCUAGUCUCACCCCCGGCUCCGAUUUUGCACCGCCCGUUGAACAGUCUGUUGCCUAGUGCAUCACCCGCUUCUUUUUCUCGCAGUUCGAUUAUAACUGUCUCCGCCGCUAUUGUUUCUGCUUUAAUCGCUUCCGUUGCUUUUCUUCCCUCUGACAAUCAGUCUGAUCGCCCCCAGGAGGAUUAUAACCUCUUAUAUGAUGGGAUUGAAGGGGCAGCUCAAAGAUCUAGCGACUCAUUUAAGAGGAUCUUUCACCACGUUAAACAAACUGGCGUUGCCGCGUCGGUUCUCUGGCAAUCGUUAAGGUCUGUGUUGUCUUCUGCCAAUCAUGAGGUCCGGUCCGGCUUUGAACUUAGGGUCGCGGCGUUGCUGGCUGACAUUGCUGCAGCCAAUGCUACUCGGAGGGCCGCGAUUGUCGGGGCAGGAGGCGGUGCCGUGGUGGAUUGGUUGCUCGAGUCGGUGGCGGUUCCUCGGGAUGGAUGUGGGACUCAGGCAGAGUCGGCCAGAGCGCUCGCCUACUUGAUUGCCGAUCCUAAUGUGUCCGCUUCCGUCCUUGGUAGGCCUCGUGCAGUUCCAAAUCUUUUGAGGUUCAUCUUCUCGUGUCAGCCUCGGCGAACGAAGCAGCAUCCAAGACGUAGUUCAUUCGAUAUUUCUGAUUAUUUGAAAGGUAGGAGCAUGCUUGUGGCUGCCAUCAUGGAUAUUGUAACGUCCAAUUGCGAUAGUUUAGAGAAGCUAGCUUUUGAGCCAUCCUUGCCUGCAAAUGCUGAAACUCGAGACAUUGCAGCAGCUAUUCAAGUUAUUGAGGAAGGUGGUCUGCAAUUUGAUGAACCAAAUGGUGAUGAAGAUGAAGAUGGUGGGAGGGGCAUCAAAGGAAUAGGAAUUAAAAUUCUUGGAGGCACUACUGUUUUGGGGCUUUCAAGAACAAGUGGGUUUGUAAAGUUGGCAUAUUCUGAUGUUGGUCAUGUAGAACUGGUAAAACAUACACCUAAAAGUUUAGUAUCGGAGAAGCAUGAUAGCUCACUUGUAGCCAAUUCUUCUGUUGUUCCUGGUCUGUGGGAUGAUUUGCAUUGUGAGCAUGUUGCUGUACCUUUUGCGGCAUGGGCAUUGGCAAAUUGGGCUAUGGCAUCAGAACUGAACAGAUUGCACAUUCAUGAACUAGAUCAAGAUGGACAAGCCGUCAUGACUGCUUUAAUGGCACCUGAAAGGUCAGUGAAAUGGCAUGGAAGUUUGGUAGCGAGGCUUUUAUUAGAGGAUCAGAAUCUUCCCCUAAAUGAUUCUGUUUCUGAUUGGAGCUCAAGCCUUCUUUCUACUGUUUCUCAUGCAAGUAAAAAUGAUGACAUCCCUUUGGCUCAGGCUGCUUUGUCUGCAUUUUUGGCUUCUGUUGAACAGUGCCCUGGGGCACAAAAAAAGAUAAUGGAGAAGGGUCUGCAUAUAAUGAGAGAUGCUGCUACACGGACCCAAAAACAUGGAGAGGUUCAAGAAGCUUUAGCGAAGGCAUUAGAGUUACUCAGCACUGAGAGGAUGCAUCUAUCUGCUGAGGAGAGUCAGAGAUGGUCUGCUAUACUACUUCAAUGGGUCUUUGGCAAAUUUUCCUCUGAAUCUUUGAGGUCUUCUGCCACUAAAAUUUUAUCUUGCAUUCUUGAAGACUACGGACCAAGCUCCAUACCCAUUUCUCAAGGAUGGCUGGCUGUACUGCUGACUGAAAUACUGGGUUCUACUAAGAAGCCUGCAGUUAAUGGAGCUAAUCAGCUUAAGAAUGACAAAGUGAAGACUAAAAUUGAGCAGUCAAACAUUGUUUUUGCCGGUCAAGUUGCUAAUCAGUUAGCAGGAGCAGUUGUUAACCUGGCAGUACACCAGUUUGGUGCAACUACCGAUUCAUUAGAUACCUCUCCCUUAGCAGAUCUACUUUCACGUGAACCUUUUGUAGCACAUUUGAAGAACUUGAAAAAGGACAAUAGUUCUAAAUUUGAUGCAGCUGAUUCUGCAAUGGCAACAUUAAAGGGGAUUAAAGCGUUGACUGAAGUUUGUGCAGAUGAUUCUUCAUGUCAGAGAAGAAUUGCUGAUUUUGGUGUUCUCUUUUUUCUGAGACGCCUUUUGUUAUGUGAUGAUUAUGAGAAGCUGGCAGCUAUGGAAGCAUAUGAUGCAUCUAGAGUUCUUGAGGCUCAAGAACGUAUUCCUAAUGCCUCUGGUGGACCACCAGUUUCAGAGAGGAAGAAUGACUCGACUAGUGUCCGAGUUCCCCCUACAGCUCACAUCCGUAGACAUGCUGCUCGCCUUUUAACUAUCCUUUCACUUCUAGAGAAAGUCCAGAAAGAGAUUCUUUCAGAUGAAGCACUAUGUAAAUGGCUUGAGGACUGUGCGAAUGGGGCCAUUCCUGGUUGCAAUGAUGCUAAAUUGCAAAGCUAUGCUAGAGCCACGCUGUUAAAUAUAUUUUGUAUUAACCGUAGAGCUUUUGAAAAUCGUGGUCUCUCUGAUACAGAGUCUGCAGAGAGACAAAAGAAUUGCCCUCGUUAUGAUGAUAUGAUUUUUUUAAUAAAUCCCGAGCGUCCUCACUGGAAGAAUCUCGGGGAAAAGGAGCAGGAUACUGUUCAAAAGGAUGAAUAUCCUUUUGUUGAUAUUGAUGGUGUAGCUGUUGCAAGAAAUGGAUAUGAUAGUAAUUCCUCUUCAUCUCAUACAUCUCAGAAUCAUUCUGAGCUAGCCUCUCCUUUGGUAGAUGUUGUUUUUAUUCAUGGCCUCCGUGGUGGACCUUACAAGUCAUGGCGCAUAGCUGAGGACAAAUCCUCAACAAAAUCUGGACUGGUAGAGAAGAUUGAUCAGGAGGCAGGGAAAUUAGGGACAUUUUGGCCUGGUGAAUGGCUUUCAUCUGACUUCCCAAGAGCUCGCAUGUUUACCCUUAAAUACAAGACAAAUCUCACCCAGUGGUCUGGGGCUAGCCUUCCUCUUCAGGAAGUCAGCUCCAUGCUACUGGAUAAGCUUGUUGCUGCUGGGAUUGGGGACCGACCUGUUGUAUUUGUUACUCACAGCAUGGGAGGCCUGGUUGUCAAGCAAAUGCUGUAUAAAGCCCAGACAGAAAAUAUUGAUAACCUUGUGAAGAAUACUGUGGGAGUUGUCUUCUAUAGCUGCCCACAUUUUGGCAGCAAACUGGCAGACAUGCCUUGGCGAAUGGGUCUUGUAUUUCGCCCUGCCCCUACAAUAGGAGAGCUGAGAAGUGGGUCUCCUAGAUUGGUGGAGCUGAAUGAUUUUCUCCGUCACCUCCAUAAGAAAGGACUGCUUGAGGUCCUUAGUUUCUGUGAGACGAAGGUGACCCCAAUUGUCGAAGGUUAUGGAGGAUGGGCUUUCCGAAUGGAAAUUGUUCCUAUUGAAUCUGCAUAUCCUGGCUAUGGCGAACUUGUUGUAUUAGAAUCAACAGAUCACAUAAAUUCAUGUAAACCCCUCAGUCGCACUGAUCCUUCAUACACACGGACAUUAGAAUUUUUGCAGAAGUUGAAAGCUCGCUAUGGUUAGCAGAUCACUCCCCUUCAUUUUUGUAGCCUAUAUCUUUGUAUAUAGUCAUAGUGGAGGGUUGCCACAAGGUUAUGAUAUUCUUAUUGAUGCUGCUGAAACGACAUGCUUUCCCGACCGAAGGGUUCGAGUGCCAUCAUGUAAAAUCUGAAUGCUAACAUAGCAUAGAGGAUACAGCCAUCAGCAUGAAAAUUUGUUCAAUGUACCUUUCCCAGUUUAAUAUCAUUCGUUACAUUUUUCUUGUAACAUUGUUUUGAUAUGAAUAAUAGUUUAGAGGUAGGAAGAUAUAUUACAUUGUACAUAUCAAAUUACGUAAAAUGAGAAAGCGAAUUUGAAAAACCAAGUUCGUGUUUUCCAGCUUGAUUCAACUAAUGUAUCAAAUUAAGAGGAUACCGAUGGGGCAUACUUGUGAUUUAAACUUGUCCUUUUCAUAAGAUCGUGAAUGAAGUUUUCAUUUUGUACUA